AUGGCCCCCCUUGCGGCAGAUCCCCGCCAGCUCGUAGUGGUGCUCAACCACGCCCGCCGCAAAGCGUUCUACACCCUUUUAUACGACAUCACGAGAUAUAUGCGCUCCCAGCUCGAGCUCAAAGAUGAUGAUCAAACCACCUCGCCGGCUACCAACCCGACCUCGUCUUCGCUGCAGGACCGCAAUGCCCCACUCUUCGCCCCGGACGCCGCCCAGGGCGGUCGCAGCAGCAGCCCUAGCCACCCAGAUCGCGGAGGCUCCGGCGUUCACAACGCCCAGCUCCGUGCCCUAAGAAGAGCAGCGCUGAAACACUUUGACGAGUGGCGCAAGGACAUCUUGGAGAAGGUCAAGGAGAUCGCAUCGGCUAGAGAUGAUGACAAGAUCCUCGAGGCCCGGAAGAAGCGAUUUGAUGAGAUGGAGAAGCUGAAGUAUGAGUCGCCAGAAGUGGGCGAAGAUCUGAUCAACUUCGGAGACGUACCGAAGACUGCCUCGACCGAAGUUGACAAAGAGGUGGCCAUCCUGCAGGAGCACUACCAUCCGAUUCCGAAUCGAUUCACCACCAUCCCAGGGGAAGACAGAAAAGAGGUGCUCAGCUGCCUUUUAGUGCUCAUCUUGUCUACCGGAAGCUACUCUGCACACUCAAGAGUCCUGGCUCUGUACCUCACCUCUGCUUUUGGACUCCCGCUGUCAACGCUCAUUUCAGAAGAGACCGAGAUCGCCAAGUCCCUGGUUGAAUCCUCGACUUCGACUGAGAACCAAAAGGCUAGCAUGUCAGCUGAGGCAGAAGCUGCGAAACGGCGCCAGGAGAAUCAGAAGAGCCGUUUCUGGAAGGUUGGUCUGGCUUCGGUGGCCGGUGCUGCUGUGAUCGGAAUCACGGGCGGCCUGGCAGCCCCAGUCGUUGCAGGUGCGAUCGGUGGCCUCAUGGGAAGUGUUGGGCUUGGUGGCGUCGCCAGUUUUCUCGGUGUCUUCUGGAUGAACGGCGCUCUUGUCGGUACACUCUUUGGUGCCUUCGGUGCCAAGAUGACAGGAGAAAUGAUGGAUACCUACGCCAAGGAAGUCGAAGACUUUCGCUUCCUCCCGCUCAAGGAUGAAUGGGGCCAGGACUACAAACGAGCCGACGCCGACGGCAAGCAAGGGGCGCGGCUACGUGUGACGAUUGGUAUCAACGGGUGGCUGAAUGAGGAGGGCGACGUGACGAAACCCUGGCGCAGCUUGGGUGACGAGUCAGAGGUCUUUGCCUUACGGUAUGAGAUGAAGUCCCUCCUCGCUCUGGGCCGAGAACUGGACUCCCUUGUCUCAUCGUACGCCUGGAGCUUUGUCAAGGUGGAAAUUCUAAAGAGAACCGUACUGGCUUCUCUAUGGGCUGCACUCUGGCCUGCCUACCUCAUCAAAGCUGCUUCGCAGAUCGAUAAUCCCUUCAACCUAGCUCGCAACCGGUCCGACAAGGCUGGGCGAGUGCUAGCCGAUGCUCUCAUUGCCAAGGUGCAGGGAGAGCGGCCCGUGACGUUGGUCGGCUAUUCGCUUGGUGCACGCGUCAUCUACUCAUGCCUGCGCUCUCUGGCCGAACGCCAGGCAUUCGGAUUAGUCGAUACCGUGGUAUUCAUCGGUGCCCCUGUGCCGUCCAACAGAGAGCACUGGCAGGUUCUGAGAUCUGUGGUAUCCGACCGCAUAGUGAAUGUGUACUCGGAGGCGGACUGCGUCCUCGGCUUCAUGUAUCGCACUACCUCAUUUCAGAUGGGCAUCGCGGGACUCCAGGAGGUUAAGGAUAUCGAGAGAGUUGAAAACUUGAACCUGAGCGCGGAAGUCAGCGGACAUCUGCGCUAUCCAAGCUUGAUCGCUAAGAUCCUGACGAGAUGCGGCUUCCCCAACGUCAAGGGCGGCGAGGGCGCCAUAGAGAAGGACGAAGACAUCAAGAUCAUCGACGAGGAGGCGGGCUCGCAGGUAGGCGAGCUUAUACAGCUGGAUGCGCAGCCUGAUCCAGAGGCAGAGCCGCAGCCGAUCAGGUCUAAGCAAACCGCGAGGUUCCCGAACGAACUGCGUCACCCAUUGCAUCCUGAUCCGCCGCAGCGGAAGAAGGUGACGAAUCGCAACAAGGUGUCCAGAGGUGGAGCGGCUUCCGUCUCGCAGGCUUUUGAUCCUCUGGGUCCCAAGGGCAGCGAUCCGUUAAACUUGGGUUCUAUAGGUCAGGGCAAGCACAAGCCGGCUUCGCCUCACCACGAAGACCUCCUAAGUCUGAGCUCUCCGCCUACAGAAAAACAGGAGCCGAGCGCCCCCAAGGUCAAUGAUCCCCUCGACCUAAGCUCUCUCGGUCAAAAGGACGAGGGGUAUUUCCGCUCUGAAGUUAUGCGUAAGGAUGGGGACCAACAAAAGAACCCAGGACUUCCUCCACGUCCAGUCGCAGUUCAUUCGUUCCAGAGUGAGGGCGCUCUUGACUCACACCAGUCUCGACCGGAGUUACCAGUUAGACCCAAGACUUUCCCGGUACCAUUCCAGGAGGAUGAUUCUGACAGCGACGACGAGAGUUUCAAGGGGAUCCAGCUGGUUGACAACGAAGACCCGGGGGGUAUGACGAGUUACUCGGAGCCUUUGAAGGCUGACGACUAG